AUGGGAGUUGGUUCAAGUGCUAAGCGGCUUGGGCAGGAAUCGGGAUGGGUUAAAGUGAACUCUGAUGCCACUAUAGAUUCUCGAAAUAAUCUAGCUACAGGAGGUAGUGUUUUUAGAGACAUAACAGGUCAAGUUCUUAAAGUUGAGGUUCAGAUUUUUGAAGGAAUUUCGGAAGCGGAAACGGAAACGGCAGAGCUCCUUGCUCUCAGAUUUAGAGUGAAGUUGGCAACUGAUUUGGGUUUUGAUAAAGUACACUUUGAGUCUGAUGCCUCGUUGGCCAUUCAUCGCGUAAACGGUUCAAGCAACGCGAUCGAUCACACUCAACUUAUUGCAGAAGAUAUUGUGUCUAUUGGAAAUCGGCUAGAGAGCACUAAAUUCUCUCAUGUUCGAAGAAGUGGUAAUCGUCUAGCUCAUGCUAUAGCUAGCUGGGGUUUGCAUCAUCGAUCUAAUCUUGUUUCUGAUAAUGUUGUUGCAGCAGAAAUGCAAUCUAUUGUAAUGACUUAUAUUAUGUUGCAAUGA